AUGGACAGCAAAGACAACGAGAAAGGGGCAUUAGAGCAUGGAAGCACCACGAAGCUCACGACAGCCUCAUUUCUCGGAGACAUUGAAACCGUAACUUCAACCUCUUUUGCAAGCGAAGAUGAACGCAUGCAAGCACUCCUGGGCACGUACGCUCUAUUGGCACGCCUAGAGUCCCCAUGGGAGACAUUGGUGAGGAUCUGCAUGACACAGCCGGCUCUUGGUGCAACUCUAAAGAUCUUGAAAGACCUACAGCUUCUCGAAAAAUGGCAGGCUCGGAAAGGGGAACCGAUGACCAGUUGCCAGCUCGCUGAGCUUCUUGGAGGCAGAUGUGAGCCAGCGCUACUUUAUCGGUUCCUACGUCUAAUGGCAUCGAACCAUCUACUCGAAGAAACAUCGAUAGGAGUCUUCAAACCAACAUCAUUCGGAAUCGCCAUCACGGCACCGGUAUUCGACAGUCUAAUCCAUAGCUUCAACGACACAAUCCUCCCAAUGUACGCCAAAAUGCCAGAGUACUUUUCAAAAACGCACUAUACAAACCCACAUGACUCCUCCAGCACAGUCUUCCAAUACGCGCAUCAGUGGGACGGCGAUCUGUGGUCAUACUACCAAGCCCACCCCAAACAGCAAGAGCAAUUCAACAUCAUUCAACAGACGAUCUCGGGACAGCAUCCUUCAUGGACAGAGAUAUUCCCUGCUGAGCGAUUGAUGGAGGGAGAUGAUGAUUCUCAGGUGCCAUUGCUGGUGGAUGUUGGCGGGAGUACCGGGCACGAUGUUCUCAAGUUCCACUCCAUCUACCCAGAGACAGCCUCUCGAUUGUAUCUCGAGGAUUUGGGACCUGUUGUUGAGAAAGCUGUCUUGCCGGAGGGAGUGCACAAGGUUUCAUACGACUUCUUCAUAGCUCAGCCGAUACAAGGAGCAAAGGCAUACCUCAUGCACUCCAUCCUCCACGACUGGUCUGAUGCCCCAGCUCGCAAGAUACUAGAGAUGCAAAAGGACGCAAUGACGCCCGGCUUCAGCAGGUUACUCAUCCACGACCACAUCGUCGAAACAGCACUAGCACACCCCCAGGCAACAGCUUUCGAUAUCCAAAUGAUGGCCAUGGUCGCCGGUCGAGAGAGAACGGAGGAGCAGUGGAAAGAGCUGGUUACCUCGGCUGGAUUAUGUGUCGUCAGAAUAUGGAAGCUGAAGUCUGCUGUGCAUAGCAUUAUUGAAGUUUCCAAGUAG